AUGGUCAAGCCAGAUUUCGAACGCGAUUACUAUGCCGAUCUCGAACUCCCAUCCAUGUCCGAGAUCGAAGUGGUCAAAAAGCAAUUCAAGAAGCUCGCUCUUAAGUAUCAUCCAGAUCGCAACAUUGGCAACGAAGAACUAUCGAAGGAUAAGUUUGUGCUCAUCCAAACAGCCCAUGAGAUCUUGACCGACCCCUCGCAAAAAGCAAAGUACGAUGCCCACCGCGCGCGCUUGGGGCGAUGGAGCGCCGCCUACGGCGGUGCGUCAGGCGUCAGAGGCAACCCAUACAUGAAUACCUCUCAAGAUAUAAACUCGAAGUUUGGCGCACCUCCGCAGAGACGACCUCCGAUGCCCACCCGGCCGACUACCACAGCCAGCACCGGGGGAGCUUCAAGAUACUCGCAAUGGCAGGCAAAGCCAAAGACGAAGACGGAGUCAAUGAGGGAACAAUCGAAAUCGGAGGCUUGGGAAAGGUCCAGGGCAUCAAAUCCGCAAACUGCCUACGGGGCAACGCGCCCGGUCCCACCGAGACCGAGAGAUGCUCCUCCGACCCCGAGGAGCGCGGCUCAGGAAAGACGGCAACAGGCUGCCUUUGGUGGAAACUCAACAAGGAAGACAGGAUUUACACCAUCAUCACCAACAGGCGACGAACCGCCGGUUAAAAAUCAUCACUACAACACGUACACAGCCUCAGGGAGCACCUCAGCAGCCGGCGCUGCCCCUACUGACAAACCUCGGCCGACGUCUGAGUACGUUGACCCACUGACCCAACAAUUCGGCGACACCUUCUUGGAUAAUCGGCAGAGCACGCCUUAUGCUACCAAUGUGGGGGAAAAGUUUAACCCAUUCGAGCCUCUGAACGUCAACCGGGCCAAGAGCAUGAAGGACAACGCGCGCAAGAAUCCCGCUGAGGCGCCGCCUGCACCUCCUAAUCGCCAACGAAGUGCCAGCGUGGGUUCUGACGGUUUCCGACGAUCGAGCAAUGAGAAGCCGCCAUAUCAUGAGACAGCCACCAACCCCCGCUUUCCAGCUCAAUCAAAGGCCAGCGCCCGGUACAGCCCCCGAACUGCCCAGCCGCCUGACUCCGCACCACCGACUACGGCUGGGUUUGGCGGAGCCGCCACCAGCUCUACCUCAUCAGUCAAUAGUAGCGCAAACGCCACAGUAAACGGAGGAGCUUCUGCUCAGGCCAAGCCUGGCCCCAAGGUUUUCGCGGUGCCCGACGACGAUGACGACCCGACCUCUCCCAUCCAAACAGCCCGGUUCGCGAGACACAGCGCCGAUAAUAUCAAUACGAAGUUUGUCGCCGAAGACAAGGGUAGGUUUGAGUUCAGCGCUGGGAGUGAUUUUGAGGCUUCGCCCAGCUCUCCGCUAGAUAAUGCCUUUACGAGAGCGAGACGCCGUGGCCGACAAUCCCCACUGCGACAAGAUUCCGGGACCUCAUACGAAGCAUUUACCAAUGCAUCCCCGAAACCAGCAGCAGCCAUGCCUCAGCAAGAGGCUGCUCCGAAGCUGAGUGCCUUCGAUGCCAAGAAGUGGGAGGAAUUGAGCAAGGUCAACAUCUUUAAUCCAACAGCGGCUCAGAGGUCAUCAGUGUCACCUACUCGACCAGUCAAACCUCUCAAGAAGACUCGGGGCGGAGGAGUUCGCCUAACAGCAGGACCGGCUGGAAUGGCAGAGGAGGACGAUAGUAGUGGUGAGGACCGAGCACAGGCAGGUACCGGAAGAGCCAACGCCAGUGGUCCCAAAAGCCCCAACGCCAUGGAUAUCGACCCUCCCGUUUCUGAAACGACAGCUCAACAACCGCCUGCGGCCAACGAAGCCCGACCCAUCCCUGUUGAACCGACGAAGCCGGAGUGGCGAGCUGGCCAUGUUGGCACCACUGCAACCGCUGCUCCGCCUCUGCCUCCAAAGGUCAACGGUACACAGAAGAUGCCCAAAGUGAACCCAACUCACGCAGGGUCCGAAGACACGGACGACUUUAUGAGACCGAAUGUGUUUGCAGACUUUGAGAAUGUUGCGCCUUUCAGCCAGAAAGCAACAGGACUGAACUCAUUUGCCGAUUUGGGCCAAAGCCUGCCAUUCCAAUCCAGACCCUCAGCCACAAUUCCCAUACCUCAGAUGAAGCCUACGCCGCUUUCCUGUCCACCUGUUCCCCAAGCACCCAAAGUUCCGACAACACUUGCUUUUGGCGGUGUCAAGUUAGGGAGCCCAGCUUGGAAUACAUAUACCAAGGAGUUUGAGGCCUACAUGAUUGCUUGGUCUCAAUGGAACGGCACGAUGUUGACACACUUUUCUACACGCCAGGCUCAACAAAACUCGGCGGGCUUCUCAUGGGUCAGUGCUAUGGGUGACAAUGGUUAUCAGGAAUAUGUCAACUCGCUGGAGCAGGACAAGCCACUCAGACAAAAGUGGCUAGCCGCAUGCGAGAACCAUGAGCUGCAGUUCAAAGAGUUUCAGAAGAUGCGGCAGGGGUUGAUGAGGAAUUAG